AGCCCCGCAGCCCCGCAACCCCGCUCCCGCCGAGACCCCAGCCCGGCCCGAGCCGCAGUAGCCCAGCACUGCGCACGGCCGCGCCCGCCGCCCGCUGCGUGUCGCCCCCGCGCGCUCCCCGCCGGCUGGUCCCCGCCGCGCCCUCACGGAAGCGCGGCAGUGCGCGUGCGCCGUGCCCGCGCGCCCGGCCCGGAGGAGGCAGCCAGUGGUCGCCCGCGAGGGUGGCGGGCAGCCCCGGAAACAAUCUGUGCCCUCGGUCACCGGGAGCUGGCGAGGUGUCCUCCACGGUGCAGAGACCUGGAAUGGCCAAAUAUCAAGGUGAAGUUCACAGUUUGAAACUGGAUGAUGAUUCAGUCAUAGAAGGAGUAAGUGACCAAGUACUUGUGGCAGUUGUGGUCAGUUUCGCUUUGAUUGCUACCCUGGUAUAUGCACUUUUCAGCAGAAAUGCACAUCAAAACAUUCACCCAGAAAACCAAGAGCUAGUACGGGUGCUUCGGGAACAACUUCAAACAGAACAGGAUGCACCUGCUGCUGCCCGACAGCAGUUCUACACUGACAUGUACUGUCCGAUCUGUUUACAUCAAGCUUCCCUCCCUGUUGAAACAAACUGUGGACAUCUCUUUUGUGGUACCUGCAUUGUGGCGUACUGGCGAUACGGUUCAUGGCUUGGGGCAAUCAGUUGUCCAAUCUGUAGACAAACGGUAACUUUACUGCUAACAGUAUUUGGUGAAAAUGACCAGUCUCAGGAUGCUGUAUCAUUGCAUCAAGAUAUUAAUGAUUAUAACCGGAGAUUCUCAGGGCAGCCCAGAUCUAUUAUGGAAAGAAUUAUGGACCUACCCACUUUACUGAGGCAUGCAUUCAGGGAGGUGUUUUCGGUCGGAGGCCUUUUCUGGAUGUUCCGUAUCAGGAUAAUACUUUGUUUAAUGGGGGCUUUUUUCUACCUUAUAUCGCCUCUAGAUUUUGUGCCUGAAGCCCUGUUUGGAAUUCUAGGCUUUCUCGAUGAUUUCUUUGUCGUAUUUUUGUUGCUCAUCUACAUCUCUAUUAUGUACCGAGAAGUAGUAACACAGAGACUCAACAGAUGAGAUAAUGAGUGCACUAAAAUAUUUGAGCCAAUGUGUAAAAUCAAACAAAAGGACCAUGGCAGUUUAAAUCAUUUGAAUAUUAUCUUACAAGUUUAAAACCACUGUAUGACAAACAUUUGAUUGUCAUUUGCAAAUGCCUAGCAAUAUAUGACUGGAAUUUUUACAUGUUGCAGGUCCCAAUAGUAAGGUUAGAAUUAUAGUGAUUUACAACUGUAUCUUCAUUCUGUGUUGUCUAUAAAGUUGUGGAAAAAUAUGGAAUUAUAUAAAAUGGGAUGCUUCUAUAUCUUCUCCCCCACCAAACUAUUCAGGUUAACUGGAUGUAUAGUAAGGUGUUGUCAAAUGUACAGUUUAUCCAAUUCAUCCUUCUCGGUGAGUACCCACAUGAUAAUAUAUUGCUGUGAGACUCACCUAAGUAUUUUGGUUACAAUAAAAUAUUGUACAAUA